UUAAUGCGAGCUGUUUUCACUCCCAAGAGCUGGAUUUGUUACAAAGCUGGGUCGGAAGAAAAUGUGACAUUGAUCUUAAAUUUGUGAUAAGAGUUUAAAAUGGAAAGACAGGUAAAUGGAAGACAACUUCUUACCCGACAAACCCGCCCGCCUCCAAAUGAUUUCUUAUCCAACCAACAGCAGACGACGCCAAGUAUCAAACAACCUCCCGCUCAAGAGAUGGCGUACCAAGAUGGGCUGCAUCCGAAGCAGACCAUCGCCCUGAUUAUUCUAGGCCUCCUUCAUAUUUUCAUCGGAGUUGCUGUGAUAAUUUUACACAUUUGUAUGAUAGCUGAGGUUACUGCGUGGGCAGUUUUGAUGAACAACCGUUUGGUGACCGUGCACUCGCCCUUAUGGUGUGGAUCGUGGUUCAUUCUUGUGGGGUCGUUUGGGAUUUCUACGGCACCGUGUUGUCAGCCGGAUCCCGUGGCAACUAAAGCCUGUAUGAAGCACUUGUUCCUAGUUCUCUCCGCAGUGACCACUGCAUUUGCUCUAAUCCUUGCUGGCGUCAACUUUGCAGCAGCAGGAACAAUGGACCCAACCAAAGGUUCGCUGCAGUUAGGUCUGAGCGUGACGAUUGGCGCACUUGGCAUCGUGGAAGUUAUCAUUUGUAUCAUCUCUACCCUCUGGGCCAGACCAAAAACAAGACCAGGUGGCACAGGUGUAAUUCCUGGGGGGUAUGUUCAGUGCCAGGAACAGCCCAGAGCCUACGUCACGCCAGCGCAAUUGCAGAUUUCCCCCGAGCAGCAAAGAACAUUUGUAACCGUCACCCCGGCAACCACGCCUCGUGCAGAGCCAAGACAAGACCAUCCCAAUUUUAGACAUCAUCAGAGGCAGAAACAUCAGAAACCACAACAACAGCAUCACCAUCAUCAUCAACUUCAUCACCACCAGCAGCAAGAAUUGCAGCAACAUCAUCAACAACAACAACACUUGCAGCAGCAACAGCAGCAGUUCCAGGACCAACAGCAUAUGACGGUGAUCAGCCCAGAUAACCUCUACCCUGGUGUCUAUACCCCUCAAACACCUGCUAAAUACCAAGUGUACACAUUUCCAAGGGUGAAUGUGGCGCCAUCUAGACCUCUGCCUGGAAUGUGGAUGGAGAGCUAA